GUGCCCCGGGAGAGCCCCAAGCGGAGGCUUCUAGAAGUCGUGACGCGCGCGCGGGGGGGAGGCGGGGCCGCGCCUACGCUCGUGCCCGCGCCUGCGCUCGUGCCCGCUGCGCGCCUCAGAGGGGUCGGGGUCGGGCCGGGGCCGGAGCCGGGAGCGCGCCCGUGAGGAGGAAAAGAAGGAGGAGGAGGUGGAGGCGGAGGCGGAGGAAGACUAGGACCGGGAGGAGGAGGGAGACGAGGAGAAGGAGAAGGAGCAGGAGCCGCUUCUUGCCGCGGCCUGUCCGCCCGCCAUGGCCGCACUGGGCCGGCCCUUCCCGGGGCUGCCCCUCAGCCUGCAGGCGCCGCCGCAGCCCUCCUUCCACGGUCGCCCCUUCCCGGGCCCGGGGGCCCCCGGCCCCGCCGCCUCUGGCCUCGCCGCCCCCAGCCUGGGCGGCCUGAGGAGCCCCGUACCCCGAGGCCGACUUUCAGUCCGAUACAGAAAGAAACACAAGCGAGAAGAGGAAGAUGACAGUUGUCCCCUAAGGAAGAAAAGGCUGACAGAAGCUGUGCUCUGUGCCAGUCCUGGUGAUUGGCUCCUGUGCGCCCAUCAGGGCACAGAAGGUCCUGGGGCAAAUGAGUGCCGUGGUGGCCUCUCUUCAUCAGGCAUGUUCGAUAUUCUCUGUGAGGAAAUGGAUCAGACCACAGGAGAGCAGCAGUGCGAGGCUGCCCGAAGGAAGCUUCAGGAGAUUGAAGACAGGAUAAUCGAUGAAGAUGAAGAAGUUGAAGCUGACAGACGCAUCAGUGACCUGCCCAGUCUUGUUCUAUCAGAUACUCUGAAGACGGGCCUGAAGAGUGGGUUUGAUGAAGUCCUUACGAAGAAAAUAAUUGAGUCCAUGAGCCGUCCUUCCAUGGAGUUGGUGCUCUGGAAACCUCUCCCAGAACUCCUUCCUGAUAAGCCAAAGCCUUCACCUUGUGCUAAGAACUAUGAAGAACAUCCUGGAAGGGACCAGAGAAAGCACACGGGAGCUGGCCCUGCCUUCCGCCAACAGACUGAGCUCUUUUCUGAGCCCCGACAAAUAGGCGUCCCUCUCUACAGUAGCCUGGACACAGCUGGCUGCACAGAGGAAGAGAUGGAACUUUAGAAAACCACUUUUACAACUUGGGUCAAAUUCUUGAAGGCUCUUUUGUUGGUUGUAUAACCCUCUUAGCCUAAGGACUUGAAAGUUGUAUCAAAUGUGGGGUAUAAUAUCUCUACCUGUGAUUUAUAAAAAAAAUCUUGAUUUGGGCAGCUUCUUACCGGAUUCAGCAUCUUACCAAGGAAGCUUCAGUCUUCUAGGAGGCUAAUUGGGAAUGUCAGAUCACUGCCUGUGGGAAAGAGUUAGAGGAGUUGGAUGUCAGGGUGUCGGAGUCACCCACUGUAUCAUCUUCUGAAUGUUAAAAGACUUUGGGAGGAUGUUCAGAAAACAAAUCAGGAGAGGAGGGUUUGUCUGUUAAGACACAGAUUCAGUUUUGGCAGAAAGGAGUUCAGUUUACAUCCGUUUCUAUUAGUGGAAAGAAGGUAAAAUGUUUUGUGUGAGCCUCUUGGUGAAGAAGAGUGUGGGGGGGUUGGGAGCUUGUGCACGCUGCUCAGGUCCACUCACUGGAGUGCUCUGCCGUUCUAAAGGGGCCUGACACUUUGUGCUGCCAUUCUGCCUCAGUUUGCUGUACCUAAUUGAUAAAGCUUGGUGUUUCAGUGAUAUUUCCAGCCUACUUGGUGUUGGAUGGUGCUUUGAGUUGAACUUUGAUGGUUGAGAGUAUCGCUCGUGUGAAUUUGGCCAUAGAACGAUAACCUUUAGGCAGUCCUGAGAAAGUGUUUUCAUUCCACUAAAUCCAGAGUUGAUGGCAUCUGAAAAAGUACAGUUGCUUUAGCCAGAGGUGUUUAUUGAUGUUCUCAGUUGGCAAAGGGUGUUUGUUGGGAUGUAUAGAACUAGCCCAUUGGCUUGGUGCUCUGCCUAUUACAACAACCUCACACUUGAUAAUUCUCCUGCAAUUAGGGAACCAUCUGAGCUUCUGCAUCUGGAGACAUUGAAAUCGAGGGUCUGGUUCUCUCAGGAGGAGCUGGCCCAGGUAGCAGUUAACUUGAGAUGCCAUAUGGAUUAGGUCUUCAGUCCCUUGGCUACCAAAAAAUCCCGUGCGGGGGUCUUUCCAUGCCAUGGGUUGGGACUGACUGGGCAGAACGCUCUUCCGGGUUCUCCCUUUUAGCAGCCUGAUCAUUCAGAUAGGAAAAAACCGCUUUGUGUCCGGUAGAGUGCAUUCUAGAACUCAGUUCCCUGGCCCUGUUGAAGCUUUUGCUGAAGUCCCUGGCCUUGGGAAGGCCUGCCUGCCACUGGGUCUGCUUCUGCUCUUGUCUCUGUUGCUUUGGCUUUCACAAUUUCUGCCUGUAUAGUCAGGAAAAAUAAAUGUAAUGUUUAAUAUUUAAACUGUUUAAUGUCUAUACAGGAAAAAGCUAUUCACAUUUCAAACCAGUAUUGAAGCCAGAUGGAAACCAGCUAAUCAUUUCUUAUUCUUGGACUUGGAGCUGAAUGUAAAGUGUCCUUAGAAAUGUGCCCCUUCUCGUUCCUCUCUCAGAGGCUGGUUGACAUUUCUCAGUCACGGGAACUGGCCAGCUCCAGCCUCAAUGUCAUUCUUUCCUGGGACCAACUUGUAAGUGAUGUAGCCGAAAAGAUGGGUGGAGUGCAGAGUAGUCUAGGGGGUAGCAAGACCACUAACGGGGUUCCCCAGAAGUCAGGGUUGCUUCUGGCGUGAGAGAGGGCAGAACAUGCGGUAAUGGCUCCUCCUAGUCAAGGUAAGAGUGUGCUUGCAGAGGACAGUGUCACAGUCCUGGCGAGGCUCACCUCAGGGUACUGGGAGCAAGGGCGGUUGUGACUCUCAGACCUGUUUAUUUCUGCAGAAAAGUAAGUAUUUCAUGUUCCUCUUUGGGCUCUCAUCCUCUUGCUUAUAUUGGUAGCAGACAUUGUUCCUUCUUCAUCCCCUUUGGUGCUGACUCCUCUGGGCCAUCCCCUCAGCCCUCAUUCUGCCUUGGCUUUUUUUUUCCUUUUGUAGCAUCAGGCUUCUGCUUUUUGAAAGGCCUUUGAGGUUCCUUGUAUAUUUUACUUCAUCUGGAUCCUGCAGCAUGGACCAGGAGUCGGUGAAUGUUGGAAUUGUGAAGAGGGGACUUUUACCUGAAAAAGGGAUCUCUACGAAGCAAAUGUAGAUUUUCUGCCAGUUCUGACAUAAGGUGAAGGGGUUUUGAUUACUACGAAACAAGUGAGGCCAAUUCUCACAAACUUGGUUGAUGACAAGAAAGAAUUGCUUUCCAUCCUUAAAAAGGGGGGUGAAAAGUGAGAGGUAUUGCAGAUGAAUGUUGAUGCACAAGCUUCAUUUGUUCAUUUGGUUCUGGAACCUAGGGCUUUGUUAAUAACUGGUGACAAGAACAAUAUACUACCAGGGAAAUACUGGAAGUUGUUGGCCGUUUUAUUUCAAACGAAAAUCUGGUCUGUCUAUAUGUCAUAGUUUUCAAUAAAUCUUAUGUGUUUUGGAUUCUUUAA